CUUCAACUUUCGACAAGUUAACUCAUUUCAAAGCUAAGCAUUGAGUUAUCAACCAUGAAGGUAUUCGCCUGUGUUGUCUUUGUUGCCUAUAUCGCUGUUGCCAGCGCUACUCUUUCUGCUCUACUCGGUGGCGGCGGCGGCGGCGGAGGUAGCCAACAGAAAAUCGUGAAAAUUAUUCAUGUCGAUGGAGGACACUCAGGACAUGGCGGUGGUCAUGGCGGUGGACAUGGUGGUGGAGCUCAAACGAUUAACUUGGUCAUACCUGAAGGUUUGGGUGGCCAUUCUGGUGGUGGACACGAUCAUGGACCAGCCCCACAACAGCAUUUCGUUCAUGUAGAUCAUCAACAUCAUCACCAUGAAAGCGGCGGUGGUCACUCAGCUGGACCCGCAAUCAUCAAAGUGAUCCAAGAAGAAUCGAGCCAUGGUCAUGGAGGUCACGGUGGCGGAUAUGCCGCUCCAGCUCCACAAAUCGUCAAUGUUAUAGCCGAAGGAGGACAUGGUCAUGCUCACGGUCACGGAGGAUCAUCAUAUGGAGCUCCAGCAGCUCCAGUCAUCGUCAAGGUCGUUGAAUCAGGACAUGGUGGUGGUCAUGGUGGAUAUUCAGGCGGUCAUGGAGGUGGUCACUCAGGUGGUCACUCAGCUCCCCAAGUGAUUAAAGUUGUUCAAGAAGAAUCGCACGGUUUUUCAUCAGGUGGUGGUUCAGGUUGGCAAGAUUCUGGUUCUGCAGGAUGGUCAAGCGGCGGUGGUUCAUCAUCAGGAUGGAAUAAUGGAUGGGAUUAAAUGAUUCAUAAAAACGAAUCCAAAAUGUCAAAUUGACGAUAGUUAUUUUCAUUUCAUUCAUUGGUCAUUUCAUAAUAAUUUGUGCCAAUUUCAUUCAAUAUAGUUGACCAUGAUAGAGACUAUUGUUAUAUUUAUUUUUCUUGUUAAAUGAAAAAUGUUGUUAUUAAAUAAUAAAUAAUUUGUUACAAAAAAUUAAAA